AUGGCGACGACGACAGAAGACACCCAAGCGCGCGUCGGCCCCGUCGGCGAUGUCAACCGCAGCAUCGAGGCCUUGGAUUGGUCAGCACUCGAGGCGGCGCUCGAGGUGCCGGGCAACGCGGGGUGUCCGCUCUGCUCCAUGACCGAGACUGACUUUGACGUGUACAUCGCGUCGGAGGACCAAGACCUCAAGUCGCGCAACCUGGAGUGGCACGACGGCGUUGUGUACAUUGUCGAUCUCAACAAGGGCGUACACUGCGGCCUUGCUGGCGGCAUCAAUUCCGCGAUCCUCGAGGCGACGGGGACGGGGCGCAAGCAUCUCGUGUCGUGCGGCAGCGCGUACAUUGACACGACCGACGCGCCGAUCACGCUACCGAAGAUCGAGCCGGACUGCAGCUUUUCCCCGACGCACGACAUUGGCGCGAUCAAGCCCGACUGGCUUUCCUGGAAUGGAAACCACACGCUCCAAGUCGAAGUUGGCGUGUACGCCAACUGGGUGACGUUGGACCCGAAAACGGAGCGCUGGUGGGUGUUUUCCGGCGUCCGCUACGUGCUCUGCGUCCACGUCUCGCAUGACUGUGCGGUGCGCGAGUACAAUCCCUUUUCAAUACCACGAUUCCAUUGA